AUGCGAGUUACACGGGCUCUUGCACGUGUAAUUCAGUCGAUUAAUGGUCAGAAUUUGAUCCUGAUGCCACGUUCAGCUCGACGCUCAUCUGGUCUUCGUCCACAACCAAUUCGUCAACGUCGUAAUACGGUUGCAGUAGAAGUUGCUCGACGCUCACCUCGUCUUCGUCCGCAAUCAAUUCGUCAGCGGCGCAAAACGGUUGCAAUUCAAGUUGAUACUUGGAAUCCAGAAUUUGUUCAACAGUGUCCUGAAUUGACUGCAGUUCAAGGCGACCUUCCGAAUCCCAAACCAGUUCAACAGCGUCGCAAAUCGGUUGCAGUUGCUGUUCAAGUCGAUAUGCCAUAUUCAGAACGUGUUCAAGUGGUUUCUCCAGAAAAUCCCGAAAUUUGGUGCAUUUGUCGAGACGAGGAACACGGAAAAAUGAUUUUGUGCGAAAAUCCGUUUUGCGUUAUAAAAUGGUUCCACAUGGCUUGCCUGGGUAUGAAAACAACGCCAGAAGGAGACUGGUACUGUGCGAACUGUCAACUGAUGAAUGCACAUGGAAUUUCCAGGCAAUCCUAG